AUGAGACUAAUAUAGUUUUUGGGAGGAAUUAAAAAAUGGAUCCAGCAACAUUCUAGUAAUUAUCUCUCUAUCUUCUAGGUAGCAAUAAGAGUCAGACCUCUGAAUUAGAAGGAAAGAAGUGUUUCAGAGUUUGAAACCAUUCGAAUACUCGAUGGCAAGAUGAUAGUGUUGAUGGAUCCAGAAUCAGAAAGAGAAGAUGAAUUAUUAAGGAAAAAUAGGUUGAAGGAAACUAAUUUUGCAUUUGAUUUUGUUUUUGAUCAAUGGGCUCCUCAAUAAAAGAUCUACGAAAACACCACCGAGUUUUUAUUGGAGGGAGUAUUGGAAGGAUUCAAUACCACUGUAUUUUGCUAUGGUGCAACAGGUUCUGGCAAGACAUUUACAAUGAUAGGAACCCAAUAAGAAGUAGGUUUAAUGCCAAGAGCUUUGCAGUCCCUUUUUAAUUUUUCACAAUCUGACAGAUUCAAAGAGACCUAAUUUAAGGUCUCCUACGUCGAAAUCUAUAAUGAGAACAUACGAGAUUUGCUGACAUCAGAAGACAAAAAUUUAGAAAUCAGAGAAGACAAAAAUAACGGAAUAUAAAUAGCCGGUGUCAUUGAAAUUGAAGUUAAAACAGUCACUGAAGUGCUCUCCCUUUUGAAGGUUGGUAAUAGAAAUCGAUCCAAAGAAGCAACUGAUGCAAACAAAGAAUCAUCUAGAUCUCAUGCUAUCCUACAAGUUCAAGUAGAAUGCAAAGACAAAGCUGCUGGAUUACAGGAAUAAAUCAUUUAAAGCAAAUUUAGUUUGGUAGAUCUGGCAGGUAGUGAACGAGCAGCCAAUACAAAUAAUAGAGGUUAAAGAAUGGUAGAGGGAGCAAACAUCAACAAAUCAUUGUUGGUCCUAGGCAAUUGUAUUCAAUCACUAUCAGAAGCUAAUGAAAAAGGAAUCAAAAAUCCAUUCAUACCAUUUAGAAAUUCUAAAUUAACCAGAUUGUUGAAAGAUUCCUUAGGUGGUAAUUGCAGAACCGUUAUGAUUUCCAAUGUAACUCCAUCUGUUAGUAGUUUUGAAGAAACCUACAAUACAUUAGUCUAUGCGAAUAGAGCCAAGAACAUUAAAACAGUUGCCAAUAGAAAUGUCUUAGUGGCCUAAAAUCAUAUUAGCAAUUAUGCACUGCUCAUUCAAAAUUUGCGACAGGAAAAUGAAGAACUAAAAUUAUUGAUACAAUAAUAAUAGUUUAAUUCCAUCACUCCUCAAAAAAGUAGCAAGUAAAUUUAUAAAGUAGGAUUGCCUUCCAUUAAUUAGAAAACUGUUCCUGUCCCCUAAUUAAAUUUGAAAUAAUAGGUCAAUGAAUUGGAAUCAAUUAUCAAUCAAAAUAUUUUUGAUAUCAUAGAAGCGAAAAAUAAAUUAUUUGAUAUGGAACAAUAGCAGAAUCAAUAUCAAUAGAAUAUUGGUUUCUUGUAAUAUCAAAAAGGUCGCUCUUAAGAUAAGUUCGAAUAAAUGAAAUUAUUGGAAAAAAUCGAUAAUGCUAAAACACAAAAAGCCAUACUCAAAUAGAGCGAAGAUGAUAUGAAAUAGCAGUUACUUGAAUAUGAUAUCAAAAAGGUCGAUAUAUAGAAGUCGGUUUAAUAAAUUCCAGAUUUAAAUCAUAAAACUUAUUUGCAAGGUAUCAUCAAGUAGGGUGAACUUAAAAUAGAAAAUGUUGAACUUCAAAUUUAGGAAAAAAGAAGGAGAUAUCAGGAAUCAGUAUAAGAUGAACAAGUAAGAUAAUUAAGAACUUAAAUUCAUUAACAACAAUAAACAAAACAUAUUUAAAGUGCAAAAUCUAAGUCCAGUUAAUAGAAUGGACCCAAAAAAGUUCCUAGUUUACCUGGAGUAGAUUCGCCUUAUUAUUCUAUAUCUGGAGGAUAAACUUAUGCUGUACAAAGGCAUUAAAAACAAAAAUCUCAUCUUAAAUUACCACCUGUUCUAUAGAUGGCUUAAUUGCAAAAAUCUCCUAAAACUUAAAAUUCAAGUUUAAACAGUAAGAAUUAUAAUCUAGUAGGUAAUCCUCUAAAAUAUCGAAUGGCUCAAAGAUACACAACUAGAUUGAACAGACCUCCCUCCUACCGUCCUCCUAGUUCCUCCAGAAAAUCUGCCCUUGGAAAAUAUGUUAACAGAUCAUUAGAUCUAGGAAGUGGAAGAGAAAGUGUAAAUAAAAGUUCAGGAGAUUUAUAAAAUUCUGUUAGUCUGAGGAAACUUAAAAAGCUUCAUUAAGAAUAUCAAUAAUAGAGAUUUGAGAGAGUCGUGAGUGGCAAAAAAAAUUAAAAAUCUAUGCCAUAUUUUGGUAAUAAGAUUCUUUUGCCAGGCAUGGUUCACAAAUCGCCUUAUGUUAAGAAUUUUUAAAACAAUCAAGAGCCUAUUGAAUUGAAAAAAGAGAGAUUGAAAAUGCUCAAUAUUAAUCUUAAAGCUUAAUAUGGCGAUAAAUUUUCGCUGCAAAAUUGA